AUGUACUAUCGCAAACGAUUCUACCAGCAUCACGGCAUAACCCAUGUACGUACCAAGUCGGAAUCGUACUGGAAGCUGAACCGGGACUCGAAGAAAUACUCGGGUCUGGAGUCACUCGUGUCCGGGUGGUACGGAUUCGCAGCUUUCAAGCGCAAGAUACGCAAGUUGUGUCAGCGCAAGCAACAUCACACGGUCCAUUCCCUCCAGAGCGCGUAUUUCGACGAGUGUUUGAGCAUUGGCGCUAUUCCGUUUGAGAGCAUGGUCAAGGUCGACGAUCGCGAUGUGGUCGUGUACUGGAAGGAUGCUUGGCAAGACGGAACUCGCCUUCCAAGUGGGGCUACGAACCCGGACGCUCAAGUUCCGUCUGCUGUGGUGACGAAACGCAUUUGCGCUCGAGUCGACAACACACUUGGCUGCAGUGAACAGUACACUAAAGGGACUAUACGGACUGGCGGGCUGCGCACUGCGUUCACCAUCGCGGGUCUCAACAGUACCUCAGUCUUUCUUGAUGCCGGCUGCUGGUAUGGAGGCCCAAUGCAGCUCGCGAAAGUGGAAUUUGGUGUCAGGGCAGCAGCACUUAGCAUUGAAGUCUGUCGAUAUCGUGUGACGCAAGCUCUAUUGCACGCCAAGACCACCAAAGUGCCACUGUUUCCAGUGCAUCUACCAGCCGAGUGCUUUGAUUACUAUGAUCCGGCCACACAGGUUUUCGUGUUUGGUACGGCCACGGUCAAUCUGGCGUUGGCUGCAAUUCAGUGCGCCAUCACGCGUUCACAGUCAGUGUGA